AUGGCGGCAAAGGCGGUGCUUGUUCGGCCCAACGUGACCGCGGCGGCUCUGUGCUUGGUGCGCGGCCGUCUCCAGACCACAUCCCCUUCAUUUUUCCAUCGAAGCGCGACGGCGACGCGGGCGAGGCACGAUGUUUGGAGUGGUCGGUCGCUGUUUACGGCCAAGUUUCAUCUUCCCCGCUCAGUCCACCGGCGGAAUUUGAGCGUCCGAGCGACGACGGACUCCGACAACCCCUCUGCCUCCUUCGAAUCUCCGCUGAUGCAAUCAAUGGAGCAUAAGAUCAAGGAACACUUAAAUGCAGAGUCAGUUAUUGUGAAGGAUGCAUAUGGUGAUGGCCGCCAUGUUAGCAUAGAGGUUGUUUCUUCAGCUUUUGAGGGCCAAUCUGCUGUGAAUCGGCAAAGGAUGGUUUACAAGGCAAUAUGGGAAGAACUUCAGGACAGAGUGCAUGCUGUUGACCAGAUGACGACACGGACUCCAGCCGAAGUAGGGCAGUGA